CACAUGAGUAACAGUAAACCUUAGUGCGCCACAACAGCGUCAUCAUGGUUUGUUAAUAAACAUUUGCAUUACAGGUUGUGGAAAUUGAUUAUCAGGCACAAUUUGUAUUUAUUUUUUUGGUUAGUGAUUACAAGAUUGCAACAAUAUUGGUUCUCUAUUAGCUUAAACUUAAAAGUAUGCAAGGUAGCUUUGAAAUAAAAACAUGUUUAGCUCAGCGAUGUAUCAACAAGAAAAGUAAGGUAAAGCACAGUUAUUCUCAGAGAGGUAUGCAUUAUGUCGCUUGAUCUGCACCUAGAGGGCCUGCCUGAAUGUGAGACAGGUUGUAUUAUUCGAGAUACAGAGGAUCAAGAACCUCAGGUAGGCUCAUAGAUUACCAGUAAGCUUUAAGUAUGAUAAACAACUAGUAGUAUGCAUGCUGCCACACACAAAGUACUGCAGAAUCUGUCUGAUUUAUGGUGCUACCGAGAGGGGCACAGCAUAGGCAGUGAGUCCGAGGCUGGGAUCAUCCAUCACUGACGGGCGGCAGUGCAAAGAGAGCUGCACAUGUGAGUCUCGUAAUGUAGGUCAGCUGCACCUUCCUUAGCAGAGCCUGGUUAUGUGUGAGUGAUGAGAGUAAUCGCCAGGUUCAGUUGCUGUGGUAUCGGCUUAUGGCAGUAGUUAGGCAGAGCUGCAGCUAAUGCCGCUGGUGGGCUGCUACGAUCUGACCGUUUCCAUACCCGGCUUCAGGGAUGUGAGAUGGACGUGACUUCCGUGGACUCCAUGCUCUGCCGCUGCUUUCCAUCUCCUCUCUUUGUGCAGCCUGGAGGCAAAUCAUAUGCAGGCCUGCGGGAAGGAGUGACGUUCGUCAGGCUGUUGCUUAGUGUAGGCCGCCAUUUUAGCAGCCAGGCGCGUGGUGUUCAAUGCGAGGUAGGCGUGAUAUUGGGCCUCUGUGUGGUGGUGAUUCUCUCUGGUGGGGACCAGGAUAACCCCCCUGGUCCGUGGGGGGGAAGCGGGGUCCACGAGGCGUAUCUCAAGGCUUCUACGUGGCAGGCAGGUUCCCAAACAGGACGGUGGCUGUCCGUCCCGCUCUCCACCCUCAUAGGCCGCAGACCCCAAAGUCUCUUAUCGCCAACGGGGGGCUCCGAAACUCCUGAUCUUGGGGACCGCGGUGGCUCCGGCGUCUGCUCGGAUACUUGCGACAGCUUUUGGUCACCUAGAUUGCUGUGAUGCUAGAGUUUUGUGCCACAAAUAGACCAAUUUUGUCAGAAGCCUCUUCAGCCCAUGACCGGUCAGCAUGGCGGUCGGGCCCCGCACCCCCAGUAUACAUUUUAAAUUAGAAAAAUAUUGCCCAAUUUUCUUUAAAAAAACUUGAAUAAUCCACCUAAAAUAAACACAGACAAAACUCCCCUCAUAUUUGCAACACCUAAAUGCGAAAGAUAUUGCAAUGCUCCACUGGUACUAGUGCUAUUCUCG